CUCUGCAGCACCAGCCCCAGCGCCACCAAAGCCACCGUCUAUCCACCUGCCACCGCCACCCCAACCACCACACCUGUUACUGGGUUCUGCGCAUCAUGUCUCCGGGAACGCCUCGCUGGCAUCCAAAAUAGCUCUCCCACCACAACCCCCCCUCCCUCUACUUGCUCGACCUCCCAGCUCUGCCGCUCCAAAUCCUGUUCCGGUGGCCCUAACCCAUCCUCCUCCUCUGCCGCCUCCGAGCCCCGACGUAAAUCUUGUGACGUAAGGGCUCGCAAUACCCUACACGAUCUUUUCGCCAUUGAUGACAAAAUAAAAACCCUCAAUCUCAACCACCGUCCGUCAAAAGUUGAAGCUUUUCAAGGCUUUGAAGAAGAAGAAGUAGAAGGAGAGUUGAAAACGAUGAAGGAAUUCAUAGAUCUCGAUUGGGGUAGCAAAAAAGCUUCAGGGAAAUCUUUAUGGGAAGCAGCUUCGGUUUUUAGCAAGAAAUUGAGGAAAUGGAGAAAAAAACAGAGCGCAAAGAAGGAGAAAAAUGAGGGUUUGGUUCUUGAGAAGGCAAACAGAAGGGGAUUAAGAGAGACUCAGUCAGAGAUCGGGGAAUAUGGGUUGUUUGGGAGAAGAUCUUGUGAUACUGAUCCAAGAUUAUCAGUUGAUAUUGGUGGUUUAUCCUUUGAUGAUUCAAGGUUUUCCUUUGAUGAGCCAAGGGCUUCUUGGGACGGUUAUUUGAUCGGGAAACAGAAAUCAAAGGUUAACGAGGAAGGAAAUGUUGGGGAAGAGAGAUUGAGUGUUGUAAAAGAGGAAGAAAAGAGUAGCCCUGGUGGGUCAGCUCAAACGAGAGAUUAUUAUGCGGAUUCUUUGACUAGAAGGAGAAGAAGCUUUGAUCGGUCAGCUUCAAAUAGGAAGAUAAGUUUGGGGGAAGCUGAGGAAGUUAAAUCUUCGAUUUCGAAUGCUAAAGUGUCUCCUGAGACUGUUGGGUUGUUUCAUGGGGCGAAACUAUUGGUUACCGAGAAGGAAUUGAGAGAUUCCAAUUGGUAUUCUAAUGUGGAAUCUGGUUCUAAGGAUGUUGAGUUUGUUGCUUCUGGGGUUGGUCAAAAAGGGUUUAAUUUGAAGAAAGCAAGGGGGUGGCAAAAUGUUUGGAGUAUCUGGGGUUUGAUGCAGAGGCGAAAAAAGAGUGAAUUUGGAGAUGAGGAGAGGAACAUUGAAGGAGACAUGGGUGAUGGGAGGCUAGCAGAGUCGUUGCAGAAGCUUAGGAGGGUGGCAAAUGGAGAUGAAGAUAGAGGUAUUAGAGGAAAUGUAGGUGAAGGAACACUGGCGGAGUCAUUGCUGAAAUUGAGGAGGUUGGCUAAUGGAGAUGAAGGUAAAAGUAUACGAGGAAAUGUGGCUGAUGGAACACUAGCAGAGUCUUUGCACAAGUUAAGAAGGGUGGCCAAUGGAGAUUCAAAUGGGAGUGUUGUAAGCCAGAAGCUUAUGCGGAGUUAUAGUGUUAGUGCUCGGAAUUCGGUAGAUGGAUCAUCCUUUUAUGGAAUGAGCGUGACUGAGUCCAAAGGUGAUGGUGAGAAGAGAAGGGAUAAUUUUAUGAUGCAGCAGAAUAGGAGUGUCAGGUAUUCUCCUAACAACCUUGAUAAUGGGCUAUUGCGGUUCUACUUGACGCCAUUGAGGAGUUAUAGGAGAAUCAAAUCUGGAAGAAACAGGCUAAGCAACUCAAACUCUAUAGGUGGGAGUGUACUGUAAUGGCGCUUAGAUUUGUUAUGAGCAUGAUAUAAUGUUGUAAAAACGUGUAUGAAUGUGUUUCUCCUUGUUCUAUAGAUUAAAAAAACCACAUCAUAUGGUCAUCUUUCUUAUGCUAAGCAUAUGUUAUUCUAAUAACGCUGCAAUGAAAAAAAAUGGAACAGUAUCUUCAUAUUGUUAGUAUACUGAGAAUUAUUGCAGAAAUGAGAUCACUUUGUUAAGAUCUGUUUCCCCUUUUUCUCAGUGAUAGCAAGUACAUUUAUUUUUCCCUUUUUGAUCCUUGCUUGUUCAAUUGGAUAAUUGCUUGUCAACUUUGAUCGUGCAAGGCUGAGAAGGAUAACUUGGAUAACCUAUGUUUUUGCACAGGGACAUCAAGGCUUUUCGUGUUGUCUUCUGCAUUAGUUUUGAUGAAGUUGUGCGUCUUUAAGUCUACUUUUCUUUUGAUUUCAUGCACAGUGAAAAGCGGGGAACACUGCAUUGACUUCUUGACUAAUUAGAUUUCUACUGAAUCUGGUAUGUGUUAGUGGAGCUGUCAUACUCAACUGUAGCAAAAAUGGAGUUGCCUGUAGGAUAUUGGACAAAGAUGGCCUUCCUUGUAGGCAUAGAUACCUAUUUUUAGCAUUUUCACAAAAGUGACCUCAUGCAGCCUUAAUUACACCAAAAUGUACGUUACUUCAUAAUUCAUAUCAACUUAAUUCAUUGGUCAUUGCCAUGUUGUAUUGGAGACUUGAAAUACCUACGAUUUACCUGGUUCUUAGAAAUUUCUGACUCAGAUUUUCUGUCUCUUGGAAUAUAUUUAGCUAUGCUGUGCUCCAUCCAUCUGCAGGGCAGCUUUCCAUGAAUUUAGGUCUAUACUGAUUAGAGCACAGAGACUAGAUGAAUACCCAUUAUAGAUUCCUGCUCUAUCUACUUACUUUGAUACAUGAAUACCCGAUCCACUAAGCACCCAUAUUCUAUCUCACUUGGACUAGGCAUAUCAAAAGUUCCCCUUGAUCUCUUAAGAUGGACUUGUUUUAGACAAAUGAAGCAUCGCUUUGCAAUGCUUAGUUCUCACAUGUAAAACAAAAAACCUUUGAUGGCUAACACCUUUUUUGAUGUCCCAAAAAAAAACAAAGCAGAUAAGAAAAAUGCCUUUCUCUAUAAAGAUCUCUUUCCUGAAAAGGACCAGUCUAGGGACUCCCCAAAUACCAAGGUCAAUGAUAUUCGUCUAUUCAAUGAAAUAUGCCUUCAGCAAUAGACAAAUCCGAUUACAACACCACAUAUCUGUCAUAGCUUUCAACUUGUAUAUUUCCACAUGCAAGCUGUCCACAUUCAUGUUGAGUUCUGAUAACUUUUUUGCCAUGAAAAUUGUUUCCCUUAGCAAAUUUCCAAAAGAGAAAUACAUUCCAGUGAAGGAUAAUGCCAAUGGAAAAAUUACAGUGUAAAGUGUAAAAGUGAACAAGACAAGCACAA